GGAAAACAAGAUGAACAAUUUGAUCACAUUCACAGCUUGUUUAAUUAUUUUUGCAGUUGUACUGUAGUUUCAUUACUUUCAUAACCAUGUAAUUUAUAUUAGAAACAAGUGUAACUGUGCUACACGUUCUGCAUCCUUGGCUUAAGCCUAUUAAGUCUAAAAUUCCAUUGGAAGCAGUACCAAUCACUUACGAAAUGGUAGUCGCUGUUGGAUGCGCACAGGUUAAUGAUUCAUCAGUUGGCAAAGAUAUUGCAGUAGGUUUCACGUGUUCAUGGGAAGGCGUUUAUAGUGCUUGAUUAUUAAAUAAGCACAAAUGGGAAAGUUAAAAGGAACAAAACGUAAACUAAAGGAUAUAACAAAGGCAGAAGAAGAUUCAUCAGAUAAUGAAGUACCAAUGAGAGCACGUUUUUCUGAUGAACCAAUUCCGAAAAAGAUAAAAUGGAUCAACAAACAGAGAGUUCUUGUAUUUGCUUCAAGAGGAAUUUCUCACAGGGAUCGCCAUUUAAUGCAAGAUCUGAGGACUUUAAUGCCACAUUCCAAGCCAGAGAGCAAAAUGGAACGGAAAGAUGAUCUCUUUGUCAUCAAUGAAAUGUGCGAGAUGAAGAAUUGCAAUAAAUGCAUCUUGUUUGAAGGACGACUGAAACGUGACUUAUACAUGUGGAUAACCAAUAUUCCUGAUGGACCUUCAGCCAAAUUUUUGGUUGAAAAUGUAUAUACUAUGGCUGAACUAAAGUUUACUGGGAAUUGCUUGAAAGGUUCAAGACCUGUACUUUCAUUUGAUGAAAAUUUCACCACAAAACCUCACUACAAUCUUCUAAAAGAGCUCUUUGUACAGAUAUUUGGUACACCGUAUCAUCAUCCAAAGAGCCAGCCAUUCACAGAUCAUGUGAUUACAUUCUCGGUACUAGACAAUCGCAUUUGGUUUCGAAACUUUCAAAUCCUGUCCGAAGACGGAGCUUUGGCUGAGAUUGGACCACGUUUUGUACUGAAUCCAAUCAAGAUUUUUGACGGAAGUUUCCGAGGGCAGACAAUAUGGGAGAAUCCACGAUAUGUAUCGCCAGCAGUGUAUCGUCGCCAGGUUAGGAAAUUCGCUGCUAAUAGGUACGAAAACCGAUUGGAGAAGAAGGUAGCUUACGAAGAGUCAAGACCAAAAGAGUCGUAUAACCUGAAUCCAGUUGAUGAAAUUUUCUCUGGCGAUACCAUGGAGAAGGCGAGUGAGAUUCACACUCAAGUUACAGAAAGGAAAAUUAAAGAAAUUGAAACUCCAGUCUCAAAGAACAGUCCAGUCAAAUUGAAGAAAAAGCAUUCGAGGAAGUUGCAAGAGCGUAACAAACAGAAUGAAAAGCAGAAGAAAACUGGUAAGAAACAGAAGCAGAAGAAAACUCUUAAACAACACAAGAAAAUCAAGAAGUGGAAAGGCACUAAUAAAAGAGGAAAGGUUUUGUUAAGCUGAGUGCUGCAUCUGUUGAGAUGUAAAACUAAUAAAAGAAAAUGAUUUUCUGCAAA